UAUUUGAGAUUCAUAAUUAUUUGAGAGAAAGUUAUUUUCAAUGGGAAAAUGUAUCUUAGACAAUUAAUUUCUCUAAAUCUAAUACCCUUUGGAAUUAUUUGAGCAACUUUGCUUUCUUAUAACUACUCAAAAACUCUAGUGACUUUUUAACUAAUUUACGUACUUAAAUUAAAUUAUUAUAAGUUAAUUUUGCUCUAUAUAAAUUAUGUAUUCUUGAUUACAUUAAUACCUUUACUACAAGCAUAUCAUCAUGACAAACUCAUCGAAGACAAAGCUCACAUAUAUUUUUUGGUUUGCUAUAACCAUAAUGGUGAUAAUAACAUUGAUAUGUUCAGAAGGUUAUAAAAUUCCCAUUACAGGACCACUAAUGAAAGUCGAAAUUAAGAAUAAUAAUACAUAUAUUCUUGAUGUGCAUUGUAAAUCAGCAGAUGAUGACAUAGGGUCGCGUGCUCUUAAGAACGGUGAAUCAUAUCGUUGGCAGUUUUAUGUUAAUUUUUUUAAUAGUACACUAUACUUUUGUGAAUUUCAUCAAGGCAAAGUAACAAAAGGUGUGUUCGACAUUUACGAUGCGCUUAGAGAUUUUAAAAGAUGUACUCGAUGUACAUGGAUGGCAGAGACUGAUGGUCUAUACGGAUUUAGUGAGAAGAAACCACCACCAGCCGCAGUGUUCUAUAAAUGGUUAAAGUAGUAUAAAAUAAGUAAUUUGAUAAAAGUAUGUAAUGCAAUUUAUUAAAAUAUAAAUAAAAUAGGACUUACCUUUUAACUGGUAAGUUUUAUUUAAUUAUUCA